UCUCGCUUGUUAACUCGGCAACGACACCAACGACCUGAAAGCGCAUGCGGAUCUGAGGACCGCUUCGGAUCUCCGGCCAAUCUCCGGCCAUGGAUUCGACGGCGGCAGCGGAGACGGCGGCGGCGACGCGGGCGAAGGACGUGCAGCGCUCGUCACUAUGCAACUGCGUUGUGAACUUCUUGCUCCAGGAGGGCUACCUUCUCACGGCCUUUGAGCUCCUCCAUGAGCUCGUCGAGGAUGGCCGCCAUGACCAGGCUAUCCGCCUCCGUGACUUCUUCUCCGAUCCCUCCCUCUUUCCUCCUGAUCUCAUCUCCCGCUUCAACUCCCUCCGAGUUGCCGAUCCACAAACUUUGCUAGAAGAUAAAAUUGCAGCGGAGGAAAAACUGGCGAUCAGUGAAUAUGAGCUGCGUUUAGCCCAAGAAGAUCUCGAAAAACUACAGUCUGAGUUGAAAAGGAUGGCUGAAUCUCCUGCUGUCAUCGAAUCUGAUGGGGCACACCCAGAUAUUGCUGUGGCUGUUGAUCCAGAAAAUCAACAGCGUAAGAAGGAGAGAUCUUUCGUUGACUUAGGUCCGAUGAAGGAUGUUGAACGUAGAGAUCUUAACUAUGUUGUGAAGGAAUACUUGCUUUUUGCUGGGUAUCGACUCACAGCCAUGACAUUUUAUGAGGAGGUGACUGACCAGAACCUUGAUGUUUGGCCAAACAGUCCAGCCUGUGUAUCCGAUGCUUUGCGUCAUUACUAUUAUCAGUAUCUUUCCUCUACCACAGAUGCUGCUGAGGAGAGGAUAAAUAUGUUACGGGAAAAUGAAUCACUUGUGAAGGAAACUGAGAAGCUCAAUAGUGAAAAAGCCUCCCUUCUGAAAGCUAAGGAACUGGCUGAUGGCCAAAUCACAAUUCUAACAAAAUCUUUAGAAGCUGCACAAAAGGACCUAAAAGAAAAGGAGGGUCUGGUGCAAGAUUUAAAGCAGACACUUGAGGCUCAAAGGAAGGACAUUAAUGAUUGUAGGGCUGAAAUCACUUCACUAAAGAUGUACAUAGAAGGCACUCGAUCUGCUAGACAGUGGACUCCUGGAGAAAAUAAUGUGCCACGAGUGCUUCAUGUUGAGAAUCACAAGGGUGAUUUGGAAUCUCCACACACAGAACUAGAACACUCUGAAUUGAGUUCCACAACUAUGAAAGCAGACACAGUAGUUGAUACCAGUGUGGGUACACAUCCCGAGGAGCAUGAUAUUGAGAUAUAUGAAAAUAAAGAAGUUAUGCCCGUAUCUGAAGUGAGUAUAGACAAGCCUGACAAUCAAACAUUGUUUGUGAAUUCAUCUAGUGGUGCUGAGAUCGAUGAUAACAAGGAGAGUAUCCAUGAGCACAUAAUACCUGAUAAAGUUUGUGACGUAGUCACUAAACCAGAAAGCCCUAGGAAAGAUACAACUCCCAAUAAAAUGGCAUUGGAUGCUAUAGAGAUACUUUCAGAUGCUUUGCCUAAAAUUGUUCCCUAUGUUCUAAUCAACCACCGUGAGGAGCUUCUUCCUUUAAUUAUGUGUGCAAUCGAGCGCCACCCAGAUAGCAACGUCAGAGAUUCGCUAACACAUACUUUAUUCAAUCUAAUCAAACGACCAGAUGAGCAACAGAGAAGAAUUAUAAUGGAUGCUUGUGUAAGCCUUGCUAAGAAUGUUGGAGAGAUGCGAACAGAGACCGAAUUGCUUCCACAGUGUUGGGAACAGAUCAAUCAUAAAUAUGAGGAGCGUAGGCUGCUGGUUGCCCAAUCAUGCGGAGAGCUUGCUGAAUUUGUUAGGCCUGAGAUCCGUGAUUCUCUUAUCUUAUCAAUUGUACAACAACUGGUUGAGGAUUCUGCCACAGUUGUGCGGGAGGCUGCUGCUCAUAACCUGGCACUGCUUCUGCCACUCUUCCCAAAUAUGGAUAAAUAUUUCAAGGUUGAGGAGUUGAUGUUUCAGUUGGUAUGCGACCCUUCAGGUGUAGUUGUUGACACAUCUCUUAAAGACCUAGUUCCUGCAGUAAUAAAGUGGGGGAGCAAACUAGAACAUGUCCUACGAGUCCUACUCUCUCACCUUCUUGGAUCUGCUCAGCGAUGCCCACCUCUCUCAGGGGUUGAAGGUUCUGUAGAGUCUCAGCUUCGUGUGCUAGGUGAACGAGAACGCUGGAAUAUUGAUGUUUUGUUGAGAAUGCUGAUUGAGUUGCUCCCUUUUGUUCAUCAAAAGGCAAUUGAAACAUGCCCUUUAACUUCUACUGAGACUUCUCUAAGUUCCGGGCCAUCUGAUACAUUCUUCUCUGUCUCUUUGCUUCAGUUGUAUGCCAGGGGUCAUGUGGAUUGGCCUGCAUUUGAUUGGUUGCAUAUUGACUGCUUCCCUGAUAUUAUUCAACUUGCUUGUCUCUUGCCUCACAAGGAAGACAAUCUUAGAAAUAGAAUGACGAAGUUUCUGUUAGAAGUAUGUGAUCAGUUUGGUAACCAUUAUCUCACAUACAUUAUGCUACCAAUUUUCUUAGUAGCUGUUGGAGAUGAUGCUAAUUUGUCCUCUUUUCCUUCAUCUACUCAAUCUAGAAUUAAAGGUAUGCUGUUGAGUGUGUUAAAUACUUUGGCUGUAGUCCUCCUAAUCAUUUGCUACUUAAAUGCAGGUCUGCAACCUAAAACUGUUGUUGCAGAGAAACUUGCUGUUAUGUGUGUACUCCCGCUACUAUUAUCAGGUAUUUUGGGUUGGCCGGGUAAGCGUGAAGAACUUUCACAAUACUUGCAAAAGAUGCUGGUGCAAAGCAUAGCAAAGGAGGGUUCCUUGUCUUCAAAUUGCACGACUGAGCUCCUCAAUGCGGUUCGCUUCCUUUGCACAUUUGAAGAGCAUCAUGGAAUUAUUUUUAAUAUUUCAUGGGAAAUGGUUGUGAGUUCCAAUGUAAACCUGAAGAUAUUUGCUGCAAAUCUCUUGAAAAUCCUUGUGCCUUAUAUUGAUGUGAAAGUUGCUUCAACUCAUGUAUUGCCUGCACUGGUUACUCUGGGCUCAGAUCAAAAUUUGAAUGUAAAAUAUGCUAGCAUCGAUGCUUUUGGAGCCGUUGCUCAGCAAUUCAAAAGUGACACGAUUGUCGACAAGAUACGCAUCCAGAUGGAUGCUUUUCUGGAGGAUGGAUCACAUGAAGCUACUAUAUCUGUUGUUCGAGCUUUAGUUGUAGCAGUACCACAUACAACAGACAGACUAAGAGAAUAUCUAUUAUCCAAGAUUUUUCAACUUACUGCUGUGCCUGUUCAUGGAAAUGAUGUAAUGCGUCGGCGUGAGAAAGCAAACGCCUUUUGUGAAGCAAUUCGUGCUCUGGAUGCUACAGAUCUUUCUCCAACCAAUAUCAGAGACUUCCUCUUACCUGCUAUUCAGAAUCUCUUGAAAGACCAAGAUACUCUUGAUCCUGCUCACAAGGAAGCGCUUGAAGUUAUUAUGAAGGAAAGAUCUGGGGGAACAUUUGAAACCAUCAGUAAAGUGAUGGGAGUGAAUCUGGGGCUUGCAUCAUCAGUUUCAAGCUUCUUUGGUGACAGCGGACUUCUCGGGAAGAAAGACCCUGGCGACGCAUUUGAACCUGUUGCCAUCCCGCCAAUCAGCCCUCAACCUCCUCAAGAUGAUACAAGAUUCCGACGGAUUAUGAGGGGAAACUUUGGGGACAUGUUGCGCGGAGGCAAAGCAAAGGGCCUUGAUGAUUCCUCCUAGACAAUCUGGUUGAACUUUUUACUCCAUUUCAUUUUAAGUUUCAAGGUUUUAGCAAUCAUUCUUCUACAUCUACCAUCAAGUUUUCAUGGCCUCCAUGCCAGUAUUAUAUAUAUAUAUAUAUACAUAUCGAGUAUUUUUUUGUGAAUUUUUUAUUUGUAUCGUUGGUGCAUGGUAGAUGGUUUUCUUUUUUUUUUUUUAAUUCAUAAUUGCAUUGUUUUGAUGCAAAAGGUCUUGUGGUUAUACUCUGUUUUCUUGUUAGGAAUUUUAUACCAUGUCAAUUAUUGAAACAUAAGCAAUCCAGGAAUUCUUUUGUCAA